AUGGACGACUACCUAGGCGGCAUGGCGAAGGACUGGCACGACGAGAUGAGGCCUAGACUGAUCGAGAUGCCGUUCCAAGACUCUGGCGAAGCACUCAUCAGGCGUUUCCGCAAACGCACCGACAAGCAGGUCAUGACGGAGAUCUGCAACGCACGAAAGAAGCCGGAGGACACGCACGAGCAGUUUGCAAAUCGCCUCAAGCGCAUAGCUAGCCUAGGCCGCCACAGACGCAGACAUACCAUCGGUGCCUCUCCAAGUGGUUCGAAGGACCGAGCGACACCGUGCGCGGCCAAGGAGCCCCUCAAAGCGAUAGUCACGCCGUGUGACUCCAAGCUAGAUGCGGAAGGCAUAUCGGUGACAAUUCGUCGCGGUACAUGCAUCGUACGCAACCGAAGUACUGGCUUCGUCGUGCUCACUGCCGCAGAGGAGAAUGAUGUCUUCCCGGUACUUCCAAACGCUGAGAGCUCCACGCCAGCAUUCAUCAGCCUUAGCAUCGGAGACACCCUGCAGAACUGGUACAACAGGCUCGGCCACUUUAGCACGCGGGCGAUUAAGCACACGGCAUGA